AAAGCGGGGGUGAGGAGAAGCCCGUUAAUCGGCGCUGCUGGAAUUGACGCGGAGCGGAGGGAGCCAUUAGGUAGCGCGGAACAUGUCAGACUUCGACAGCAAUCCCUUCGCGGAUCCAGAAUUCAACAAUCCUUUCAAGGAUCCAUCAGUUACGCAAGUGACAAGAAAUCCUCCUCCAGCAUUAGAGGAAUACAAUCCAUUCACAGAUGGGCGCAAACCACCGCCAGGAAAUAUUGAAAAGCCCCCAAUGCCCAGUACACAGCCAGCUAUCAUGAAACCUACAGAGGAGCCUCCCACAUAUGCUUCACGGACACAGGAAACUGCUGCAGCCCAGGCUGAGUUGUUGAGACGUCAGGAAGAGCUAGAGCAAAAAGCAGCUGAACUUGAUCGGCGGGAGCGUGAAAUGAAAAAUCUCACCUAUGAUCCUCGGAAGAACAAUUGGCCUCCACUUCCUGAAAAAUGUCCUGUGGGACCAUGUUUCUAUCAAGAUCUCUCUGUAGAUAUCCCUGUUGAAUUUCAAAAGACAGUCAAGAUGCUCUACUACCUAUGGAUGUUUCAUGCAGUAACACUACUGGUAAAUAUUUUUGGUUGCCUUGCCUGGUUCUGUGUUGAUAGCUAUCGAGGCGUGGACUUUGGUCUGUCCAUUCUCUGGUUCUUACUUUUUACCCCCUGUUCGUUUGUUUGCUGGUACAGGCCACUUUACAAAGCUUUCAGGAGUGACAGUUCCUUCAGCUUCUUUUUAUUCUUCUUCGUAUUUAUCUGUCAGUUUGCUGUCCAUGUUCUACAGUCAGUAGGAAUUCCACAGUGGGGGAACUGUGGUUGGAUUUCAGCACUAACAGCUCUAAAUAGAAGUAUUCCUGUCGGUGUUCUGAUGAUGAUUAUUGCAGCAGCUUUUACUGGUUCGUCUGUUGUCUCAUUAAUUAUGUUUAAAAAGGUGCAUGGAAUGUAUCGUACUACAGGAGCUAGCUUUGAAAAAGCUCAGCAAGAGUUUGCAACUGGAGUAAUGUCUAACAAAACUGUACAAACUGCUGCAGCAAAUGCAGCCUCUUCUGCUGCUCGUGGUGCUUUCAAAGGCAACCAAAUUUAGAAGAGGAAGGGAAGCACACCAUCUCUUCAAACACAUUUCACCUAAUCCAUGUACCACUCCAGUCAUUACAGCCACACUGAUAUCUAUGAACAUGAUCUCGUCAUAACUUCAGCAUGAACCUUUAUAUGGGGAAAAAGUUAAAAAAAAACAACUUCACAUAGCCCUUGAAUUAGGUUUCGCAUGGGCUAAAAGAUGAGAAACUGUACUCUUAUACUUGCUUGACAGAAACAUUCUUUUUUAAUUGCUUUUUAUUUUCCAUAGAUAUUUUGGAUCGUUCAUACUGAUCUGUUUCAAUCCUUUGUUGGCUAAGCUGUAAAUAGCAUGUUUCACUGUCUCCUUAAUAUUGUAUUUCUGAAUUACUGGAGAAUCUUGCGUCUUCUGUGUUACACUGGAUUGCUGUCUAAUUUGCACGCAACUUUGUGAUUUGAAGAAUUGUUUGUACUACCAGUGUACAUUUGGAUUGGGUUUUUUGUGUGAAGCAUCAUCUGUAGCUACCCUAAAAAAAACACUUCCAAGUUGAUGCUCAACUACUUUUAACCAUGUUUAAUUGUUUGCAAUUUUUCUCUUUACUCUCCUACAUUGUCUAUUAACUAAAAAUGCCAUUCAUCAUUCUUAUACAUUUUGGUGGUGUAAUCACAUGGUUGAUUUACUAUUUCUAUUGUAAUUGAAUACAAAACUGUAACUAUAGAUCCUAAAUUGUUGGAGUACGAGCUUUGUAGCAAAGUGUAAUUUGAUAUUGUCAAAUACAAGUGGAGUGAAUUUAUGAAAUGUCUUCUGGAAAUUGAACUGCAAUAAUUAAGUAUGUUGUGCCUUCAACUAAUACAAAUUAACAGUGCAAAACCAAUUCCUGCCAUAAAAUUUUUUGAGAAAUUCCAAUUCUACUUGUGAAAAUGGUUGUACUUGCCCAUUUUAAUCGGAUCUAUAAUUUCAACUAUUGGCAUGUUGAGUAGUGUUUUGGGCUCCUGCUGGGCAUUUUGUUUCAUUGGAUCAUUUGUUGGGAAAAGUAUAUUUUUCCACUUAAAAUAAUUGCUUUAAUUAGAUUUCUGAAGGCGGUGUGAAUUGAAGAGAAAUAAAAUGGUUGAAUUGACAGCUUUUUAAAAUGACAGAGUAAAGCAACAGAUUGUACUACUGUUAAAUGUUACAGUCUUGUUGAUCAAUGAGAUUAUUUCUUGCCUUCAUGAUGGAUGUUAUGAUUGGCUCUUGAUUAUGUGUCUUACCCUUUUGCAGGACUAAUUUUGAAGUGGUGAUGUAUAUUCUUGUUACUAGUGGGGUUUUUUUUUACCACUGUGCUGUUUCCUUAAAUCAGCAAUACCACUGAAGAAAUUCCUGCUUCUAUGAAGGGCCUGAAGAAAAAAGUACUUUUAAUUUUGAAGAAUGGAUACUGUAUUAUAUGGCUGAGUUUGGUAAAGUAAAUGCAGUUUCUGAAAGUGAAAUUGUACAAAGUUAUUUUGUGUGUACAGAAUUCUUUAAGUUAAUUUAAAUUUCAAUCUGAAGGGCUCAUCAGAUUUGAAAAACUAGAUUUAGUCAGCUAAUCUAAUUGUAGAAGUGUUUGUAAAUUGCAGACACUUCUGUACUGUAUUUGCAAUCCUAUUUAUUACAGCAUAAUGUUACAGAUAUUCAUGAAAUAUGGAUUCCUCUUUGUUUUCCAGUUUGACUCUGAAGAGCUAUUGAAGUGUGCAGUUUAGGUUUUUUCUCGUGUGUAUGUUAGCUUGACUUUUAGUUAAAAUUAAUGUUAAGUCAUUUAUUUUAUUUCACAUACAUCAACAUUUUUUAAUUUGUUGUAUAAAUUGAAUUUUGAGGGAUAAUGCAUACAAUUGAUUUUGAAGGCAGUUAAAACAAUUUCUUCCAGAAUCUCUAGGCAUAAUGUACAUUGUUUAUAGUAUUAUGACUUAAUGUUGAAAUAGGUUGUUUCAAUUGUGUGUACAAGUACCAUAAAAUUACCGCUAUUUCAUUG